GUGUCCCACUAGCUUUGGCGAUACUUUCGUUGUCUGUGUGGGCUCAGCUUUAUUGUUUGGUGAUAUUGUAUGAGCCUCUUUGAGAACGCGUUAAUGUCAGACUUGACCUGUGAUAGUUUUGAUCUUUGAUAGAAUUGAAUGUAUUCAGUUCAGCGAUCUGUGUAGUGUAAUUUGUUAGUAAGUGAACAUUUGUGUGGAGUGAUUUGCAGAUAAAAUAAAAAAUGGCUGUGUUAGCAGCGGCAGCUCUUCUAGAUGAACUUAUGGGGAGAAAUAGAAAUAUGGCACCAAAUGACAAAACGAAGGAACUCAAUUGGGAAGAUCCAGAGUACUGCAAGCUGUAUAUGGUGAAAUUUUGUCCUCAUGACUUGUUUGUAAAUACGCGAGCUGACUUGGGGCAGUGUCCAAAGGUCCAUGAUGAUGAAGUCAAAGCACUGUAUGAAAAAUCAAACAGCUAUAAAAAACAGCAGUAUGAAGAUGAAUUCAUAAGGUUCUGCCAGAGUAUGCUUAAUGAAGUGGAGAGGAAGAUAAUCAAAGGAAAACAAAGACUUGCCUUAAUGGGUAAAACUGAUAUGGUGUCCUUGUCACCGGCUCAAACUCAACGCAAUGAAGAGCAGAUUGCAUUCCUCACUGAAAAAAUCAAUGGUCUUGUAAGUGAAGCAGAACAAAUGGGUAUUCAGGGAAAUGUUGAACAAGCACAAGGACUUAUGAAGCUAUGUGAUCAGCUAAAAGAAGAACGGGAGCAGUUAAGAGGAACCAAUGAAAAUAGUCAUUGGCAGCAAACAGCUGAACUGGCGGCUUCACAAGAGAAACAGAUGGAAGUCUGUGAUGUCUGUGGUGCAUUUUUAAUUGUUGGAGAUGCACAACAACGAAUUGAUGAUCAUCUGAUGGGGAAGCAACAUGUUGGUUACGCAAAGCUUAAAUCUGCAUUGGAUGAACUUAUGACAGCACGUCAGAAAGCUCGUGAGGAAAAAGAAAAGAAACGUGAAGAGGAAAGAAGAGAACGGAAUCGAUUGAGGGAAGAGGAAGAACGGAAAAGGAAUCGUGAAAGAGGCAGAGAAAGGGAUGAACACCGUAGAAUGAGGGAAGAGGAAGAGAGACGAUCACGUUCUCGAAGAUCCAGAAGCCCACACCAUUCCUCUCACAGAAGUAGGAGUCAUCCCAGAAAAGGAAAUGAAAAAGAGCACCACCACAAAAGCAGAGGGAAAAGCACAGAAGACAGGAGCCAUCACUCCUCUCAUCAUAGUCACUCCAUUGAUGGAUCUAACCGUGACCAUGGGAGAAGCGCAAGCAGACAUUCAGAUCAUAGAAGGGAAAAAGACAGAGGAGUAAAUGGAGAUUCAAGUAGACGUGGAUCAUCACCUCAUCGUAGCUCCAGUCAUUACAGGCACAGUUCACGGAGUGCAGGAGGAAGCGGAUCGCAUGGGAAUGUUUAGCAAGUGCCCAACAUUUGAAUCAGUGAGUGAGAUUCUCCAAACAGUCACAUAAAAAGGGUAUGCUGUCUACAGUGUACUCAAGAAGCAGUGUCAAUAUCCUUGCAAGCAGGAGUACAGAGCUAUAUUUGAUUGAAGAUCUUGGUCUCUCACUGUGUCAGCACAACCUGGCGAUGUUCUGUUUGGAAAUGUUUCUCUUGGAAUCUUCAAGAUGUCAUCCCAAAUGCAAGGUGAUCUUUAUUUAUAAGCAUCCUUCUUUUGUUAUUGCUACUGGCUCUGAAUAUUAAAAAUCACAUUCCCCUAGUGUCCAGUCAUUUACAUUAACUGGUUUAUAUGAAUUUGUAAGAUUAAUAAAUUGUGGUUAACUGAAUGUAUUACAUCACUACUCACUUUCAGUAAAUGACAGCAUUAUCUUUGUAAUCAUUGUAAUAGUUCAUCAUUCAUCAUGCAUUUGUGUAUGUUACUGAGAAGUGAGUAGUGUCUUGAUAUGGAGGCAGCAAAUGUAAUUUUGUUACUCCCAAGUAAAAUGUGAUAAUAUCAAAUGAGCAGAAAAUAUGCAACAAGCAGACCACCAUAUUGCUGGAACUGCUGUAAUUUGCUGCAUGACUACAGCUUCUUUUAUCAUUGUUUUGAUGCCACCUGGAUAUCCAUUUUGAUAAGGUAUGUUUGAAGCAUCUUUAAUGUUUUAGAAUGAAAUUACUUUUUAUACAAAUGAUGAUUCAUAGUGAUGAGUUACAAGAAUUGUAAAAUUAUGUUAUGGAAAGGAAAUAAAUUCUUGAACAUCA